AUUAUCGCGGGGAACUGUCAGGGUUUACUCUGACGACAUACGACGAAGCUCAGAAACUUGUGGAGACCUACCAAGCCCCUGACAAUUUUUCGCAGCGAGUCACCGACGUCAAUCUCUUUUCCUACCAGCCGGUCACCCAGGUGUCGAUCACCUCCAAACCUAAAGCCUACCCUGUUGGUAUAUUGAACUUCUGUGAGGUGGAAGCAUAUGGUG